ACAAUUGCCCUCCAGUAUCCCCAUUCAUUCCUUCAUUGCUCCUCCUUCGUAUUACCUCUUCAAUUUCUUCUGGCCCGAUGAAGCGGUGUCUGCACCUGCAAAUUUAGGUGAUAUCAGCUAGCAAAAUAAAAAUAAUUCAUCUGGAUGUGCAGAUCGAUCUAUGGGGUAGAUUGGCAUCUGGAGCUUCCCUAGUCAGGCCAGGCAUGUAAACUGCCGACAGAAAUACAUAUAUACUAUAUACCAAUUCUUCUAUCAUUCGUCAUCAGCACACAAAAUCGGUGUGUCAAGGUGUUAACAAAAUAAUCAGAAAAACCAUCAGGAGGUGCAGCUAGCUAGAUGGGUUAGAUUAACAUCUCGAGCUUCGUAUCUUACCGGGACUUCAUUGAAAUAUUAGUCAUCAUGCCGCGGAAGGAGAUAUAUGCGGGCAACAUCGAACAAGCGGUGCGAAGGAUAAUCCCUUCUUUGGAGGAUAUGAGCAAUACUGCACACAAGGCCAUCUAUUUUGAUGCAUGGCAUGGGCUUGCUGCUUCUGCGGUGCUUAGAGCCAUAGCUGAAGACCCUCCGCCAUCUUUGCUAAAGAAAUUCGACAAGAUCAUCCACGUUGAUUGCUCCAGUUGGAAAAGCCAAAGAGCACUCCAGAAGACAAUCGCACAAGAACUGAAGCUUCCUCAUUGGGUAAUGGAUAUUUUUGAUAGGCAAGAUGAGGAAGAUGAUUUCAGAGGAGUAGAUGAAGGCUCAAGAGCUGAAAUAGGAUUCGUUGGGAGAGAGAUCUUUCAAGUCCUUAUGGGCCAUAGAUGUUUAGUGGUCUUUCAUAAUGGAAGCAAUGAUAUGAUUAAUUUAAGUGGUUUUGGCAUUCCUCAAGGAGAAUUUUUUGAAACCAAAGUAUUGUGGACAUUUCGAGGAAGGCUUCGGCUCAACCCACGAAUUAGUGAGAAGGUGGAUAGUUCACAUCUUUUUCUUUAUGAUCACUCGAUGGGUCACGGUUGGAAUUAUUUGCUGCAAAAUGAGGCUAGAGAAAUUGCUAGGCACAUAAAUAAGCUUCCUGAAGUACUUGAAGAGUGUUGCCUGUAUCUACUGGUAUUAAAUUCUCAAGGAGGUAAUGUCAUGGACUACGACUGGGCCACCCAUGCUUCGAGCUAUUGGGUAUGUGAUGGGAUUAUAAAGGGAGGUCAGUCGGACGAAGCAUGGGAGGUUGCGGCUGCUCUGCAUCAAUACAUACAUAUAGAGGAUUAUUCAUCUAAUGAAAUUCCCUCUUUUGGUCAUAAACUGAAGACUCCUUGGAAACCGCGGAUAUUGGUCAAGGACAACUUUGUUGUGCAUCAAAAUUCAACUUCUUUUUUUAUUUCUGCUGUUGCAAGUGAUUCCGAUCCUCCAUUAAGGCCCUUACCUAAUGGCUUGUUUCAUUUGUCGGACAAACUUUGUGUUCUCAAGUUAUGCCGAUGCAGCUUCAGUUUUUCUUUACCUCCUUUCGGUGGUUGCCGCAGCUUAAGGUUCCUCGGAUUAGAUAGCUGCAAGAAUCAACAAGUAUUAGUAGAAGGGAAGCAAGAUAGACCACCAAUGGAAUUUUUUCAGAGCUUAUGGGUUCUAAGCAUAUGUCACACUGAUUGGGAGUUGGAUUUGUCAGCACACAUCACAGAGCAUAUGCAUGUAAACAUUAGGGAGGUGCAUAUAAAGAAAGGAAGGGUUUGGUCCCGCGGUUUUCCAUGGAGAAAAUUGCAGAACCUUCGUAAGCUUCGACUGAUUGAGCCUACAUCACCUUGGCAUACAGGUGAAAUGGAUGAAUUUACAGGUAUGGUGAACAUGGAAUUCCUUGACCUAUCAAGCAAUAGCACAAUACAAGGUUUGCCAAGUCUCUCAAAAGCAGCUAGCCUUAAGACUCUGGUACUAGAUGGUUGCAUUGGUUUGGAGCAGGUUGAAAGUCUCCCUCCAUCACUUGAAUCAUUCAGCUUAGAUGCAGGACCAAGAAAUGAUGAUUACAAGGCAGCCAAAAUAAGCCGCAUCUCAAUUGCUGGAGUACAGUAGGUUUAACACCAAUAUAAAUAAAGAAUGAGUUCAUUACAGUGCCUUGAUGUGGUGUUUUGUUUUCUUUCGCUAACGGAGCUCACGAGUUUUCUGUUAAGUUUUGUGUUGUGAAGUUUUCAAGUUUUGGGUAAAGAUUCGAUGGACUAUGGAAUAAGGAGUGGCA